CUUAGGCCAAGUAGUGCCUCUGCCUGGCACAAGCUGCCCGCCUUGGACUAAGAUUCUAUUUUCAGAGUCCAGACCGGCAGAAACAAUAACUGAGCCCAGUCAUCAGCCAUCAGUGCCCAGCAUUUUCCGUUUCUUCCGAACGGUUUUCUUUUCUGGCAGCCUUGGCCGGUUACCUUUCUGCUCUCCGCAAACUCUAUUCUCUUCCACUCCUUCAAACCUACGGAAUUCCCACCUGCCGUUGAACCUUAUCUGGAUGUCCGCUCCCUUAAAUUCUUCAGUCGCAGAACAAAAGGUCGGCCAGUUACUACCCUACUGCCAUGUCCGCUGAACUAUGAUCCGCCACCAAACGAGCAUGGAAACCCGACAUUCCUCGCCCUCGACCAAGGCCGCCAGCCCACGGCCGAGGAUUCAUAGGCAAAGAAGUAACUCAUUCCCUAUGGUAGAGGUCCUAGGAUGUUCGACAGCCGAAGCAAAAAUUAUUCUGGCUGAAGGGCGAGCUGCUCUCCGCACUCGUUCCGUACACAGGAGACGUGGGCGCAAUAACCGAUCAGCCAUGAAUAAAAUAACCACCAUCAGACACCAGGACCACAUGCUGUAUCUGAGCGAGGAUUCUGCAGUGAUAGACCAGUCGGAAGACCAGUCAGAAGAUCAGUUGGAUGAAGGCCAAGCACCAGACGAUGACCGAAGUCUUAACCAUUCCCGGGCCCUUUCCAAUGUAACCGACCGAAGCACCUCAACAGUAACCGGACCUACCCUGCCUUCGUCCCAGGAAUCUUUAUAUGCCAAAAAAUCCCCCACUAGCCCUCUAGGAGACUAUUCCGCGAACCUUGCCAAGUUCAUCCAGUCUCAACUUAACUCAAUCCCUUCAUAUAAAACCGCUCAUCCUCUCAUAUAUCCACGGUCCUGUCCGGAUCUGUCAUCCCAAUUAAGGACACCACCACAGUCGCCAACAUGGUCAAGGCGACCUGUUGAAAUGGAAUCAAUUUUAGAGCUGCCUCCCAUGAGACCACCCUUGCGCAGCCAGUUCUCAGAAUGGAGCUCAACAGAUGACGAGAAUGACGACGAGGCGCCACAGGUACCAGAUAUAGACCCACCAAGGAAAGAUUCCAAAGCUAGUGACUAUGCUCCGUCGAUACUACGAUACUACGAAAAAUCAAGUGCUGGAUCUUUUCUAUUGGAAUCGACCCCACCAGAAGAUGAGGGUCGGAAUUCAUAUCUGGAGGUCAAGCAUCCAUUUGCCGAGGGUCCCCACUUACCCAAUCAGCCAGUACCGUCACAGGCCCCAUCUGAGGCCGACCUUUGUAUCUAUAACGAACACGGCUAUCCAUCCUCUGUCUUUACUGGCCCGAAACUCACGUCAUCCUCAGCUCCCUCUUUCUCCUCCACUUCAACCGCAUCAUACUUCGACUGCAAGCGACCUAUAUCCUUCACGCGGCAGAUAAGAGAUCGGACAAUAGUAGAGGUGUCACCUCACCAAGACGACCGCAAGAUCUUAACCGCCAUAUCGCCAUUCGAAGGUGGUGCCCUCACAAACGUCCAUGAUAUCUUCGUCGAAUCGCAACAAAAGGUUGUCAUUGAGGGACUAUCAUUUGAUCUCUUAAUGAAGAGUUCCAACGCCUUGCCGACCCUCUUUUGCUGUGCCAAACUGUGGAUCUUAUCAACUCGAUCUCUGCCAAUUUUUGCCACCACCUCCUAUACUGCCACUCAAUAUCUUUCAGCUUUCUUCUUUUGUCUUCCUAGUGCCUUUGAUCUAUGCCGGCCUGCCCGUCGCCAAUUUUCCUAUUAUCAUCUCACAUCAAUCUGGCAACAUUAUCGUCUCGUAUCAAAUCGAAUCUCGCCGUUUGCACAAACCAUCCUACCGCCUUGUAAUCAGCUUUUCUUCCUUUGUUUGGGCUUGGGUGGAGUAUAUCAAAUUAGACUGAUAAGCGAGUUUCACCAAAACAACCGAUUCGAUUCGGAGGCUUCGCGCCUUUUUGCAGAUAUACCACGGCAGGUGUUCUUGUUUCUUAUGGGAUACGACCGCACACAUCGGUUGUGGAGUGAGGUAAUGACGACGUGGCGGAUUGAUGCGAGGGUAAUGAUAAGCAUUAUUUUUGCUUUCCUGCUCGUGAAGAUAAUGGAUUGUGAUGCUGACGAUAGGAGGGUAGACGGGAAGCGUGGCCCUGGUCGUGGUUGUCCGAACUCAAUAUUAGAGUGCUUCGAUCCUCAUAAAAUUCGUUGCUAUCAAGAGCGCCAUAGCUUUGCAUCUGUUGUUGUCGUUCCAUGUAAAUUCGAAGCUCCUAUUUUCCAAAACAACCAGCACCCUACUUCAGCUACUUCCACAUCAGGCACGCGGGCAUGCUUAGAUAUUGCAGAGAUGACCUACAUGCCUGCAAUCCUGCGCACUCAAGGAGGCGCUAUCACCCCUAAUAUUAUUGGCAAACGACUACUCAGCCUUGCUCUAUACCCUCCUUCCUUGCUAUCAACCAUUCAUAUCAGCAAUAUAGAACUCGAUAGGGGAAUCCGAAGCGCCGUUCUGAACUUCAAACGAAUUAAACUUAAGCACUCCCAAAAUACGAAACCCCCGGGGAUAAUCGGAUACUUCGAAAGGUUGUGUGAUGCGAGGAUAGUCAAACAGAGCACAUGCAAGGAUUUCAGUACCAACAAUGAUCCGAUGAUGGACGGCUACAAGUUUUGCAGCUCCUUCAAAUAUCAGGUAGAGGACGGAUGCAAAAUCUGCGAUCUCCAAUAUUUGGAUCCUUCAUCUGAUUGCAAAUUUUCACUAUGGUCGGUGAAAUAUGGUAUUGUUCUAGCAAAGGCCAACUGCCUUAUUGGUAUUGGGAAAAGCGCUCUUCUUCCUAUUUCGGACUCUCGGAAAGGGACACCACUCGCAAGAUUGCUUGCCUGA